GUCGCCAAACCCUUAUCGACGGAAGGCGAAAUCGCCGCCGCCCUCAACCAUCUCCAUAGAUCCAAUCCCCUCCUACUCCUAGCAUCCCUGAUCGAUCGCCACAGCCCGCCCAAAUUCGACACCAGCAAGCCCCCAUUCACCUCCCUAUCCAGAGCCCAGAAGCAUCAUCUUCCAAUAGCUCGCCACAAAAAACGCAGCGCAAUCGAUCUAAGCUCGCUUCCUCGCGCUCUGCGGCGGCGGAGGGGAGAUCCGCCCGGACGCUAUGCUGGCACUGACCGCAUCGCAACUGCGGAAGGUCGGGGUAUCGGGUCGGAAAGGGGGUUACCUGCACGACCUAGCGGGGAAGUUCAGGGAUGGGCUGCUGUUCGAUUCGGCGAUCCUAGAGAUGACCGAGGAAGCACUGCUGGAGAGGCUGAUGGCGGUGAAGGGGAUUGGGGUUUGGUCGGUGCACAUGUUCAUGUUGUUCUCGAUGCAGAGGCCGGGUGUGCUCCCCGUGGGGGAUUUGGGAGUGAGGAAGGGCGUGAAGAGCUUGUACGGGCUGAAUGGUUUUCCGGAGGCGGCGGAGAUGGAGAAGGUGUUAGAAACGGAACAACAACAAGAUGA